AUGCGUGCUUUCUUCCUCAACUUGCUCGUUUCGCUGAAUAUAUUUUUACCAGCAUCUCUUAGUACAUUUCUCGUUGAUGGGUUAACCUCGCAGAUAACACUAGUCCGUAAUACUCUUCAGCAUUAUUGCGCUUGUUUACUUCAAAUGAUUUUCGAUCCAUCCAACAGCAUUCGACAAAACAAGUCUAUGCGGAUGAUUUCUCCAAUCAUCACUGUUACAAUCAUUAGUCUUUUGAUAGCAAUAUUCCUCGCCAUCCGAUUGCUACGUCUACAAAAACAACUCAAACAAGACGAGCAAUUUGAAUACUGGAAACGCUCUGGACCCAGUGCGAUUUCUACUCACAGUAACGCAACGAAACCAGUCAACAAUGAACUGUUUGAAGUGAACGGCCACAAACUAGAGGAGGACAUGUGGUUUCAUGAAGAUGACAAUUCAGACGCUAGCGAAGAAUAUGUCAACAAUAUAACUGGUUGGUAUGAUGGCGAGUACGGUUACGUACGCCCCAGUGAGAAUGAGGAUGAAGUAAGUGUUUCUGACGAGAUCUCGCUCAACGACAUCAAGGUAGAGGUAAAUGACGAAAUGAAUCCAGAGGAGGCAAACACCUAUGAUGAUUUGCGUAACGACCUAAUCGUUCCAAUAAUAAGA